ACAAAACAUUAAAAAAACUAGGAAAGAAACAUAAAAAUUUGUAACUAUGGCUAGUGAUGGCAGUGAAGAAUUCAGGUUGGUGUUACCAUCGAUAAGCAACGAGGGAAGGCUACCGAGGCACUACACGGACGAGGGUCAAGGAGCAAAGAAGAACAUAUCCCCACCGUUGGAAUGGUACAACCUGCCGCAGGGGACAAAAACCCUGGCACUAGUGGUGGAGGAUAUUGAUGCACCGGACCCUGAUGGGCCCAUUGUGCCAUGGACCCAUUGGGUUGUAGUGAACAUUCCACCGGCGGUGAAGGGGUUGCCGGAGGGAUUUUCCGGCAAGGAGGAGCAGAUGGGUGGUGAGUAUGCUGGGAUUAAGGAAGGAAACAAUGAUUGGAAGGUUCCUGGUUGGCAUGGACCUAGGUUGCCCACACAUGGUCAUAGGUUGCAGUUUGAGCUUUAUGCUUUGGAUGAUGAGCUUCAUCUUGGUAACAAGGUGACGAAGGAGAAGUUGUUGGAGGUCGUUGAAGGGCAUGUGCUAGGAGAAGCGGUCUUUAUGGCUACAUAUUGAUGUUAUGUAAAAACAUAUAAAUUUUGUGGGUGCUAUGCUAUGUCUUUGACUUAUGUACCAUUUUGAAAUGUGGCAUCAAUGACUAAAGCAUUUUAUCAACUCUCAC